GAGCCUGUGCUCCGCAACGGGAGAGGCCACAACAGUGAGAGGCCCGGGUAUCGCAAAAAAAAAAAAAAAAAGGCCUUCUGUUUUGUUUUAAUAUAGUGUGAGGACUGGAACAGGUCAUAUCUACGGGGAGAUACAGCAGAUAUGGACUAAGUGAUUGCAGUGUUUCAGGGUAAACAUUAUAAAAAUAAACAAAUGAGGCAACUAAUGGAAUGUGAUAGACAGGAUGCCUGAGUAAUUACUAUAAAUGCUGUGCCCCUUUUCUGUCAGAGACCCAGGAAAGACUUUAACCUCUAGGUCUAUUAAUCUGGCUUCUGUCACUGGUCAGAGUUAGUGGCACUUUAUGUUCUAAAUCAUAAAUGCAUGAUUUGCCCUUGGUAUGCUCUAGCAAUUUUGUUCUCUUUCCAUCAAAGUUUGUUAUCUCAUUGAAAGAAUGUAAAAUGUAUGGAUUGGUGAUAUCACACAGGUGGGUGUCUACAGUCUUGAGAAUUUGACAUGCAGGUGGGAAUUUUACCAUGUGGGAAUUUACUUGAGUUCUUAGACUGCCAACAGGUCAGCCUCAGCCGUGGUCCCUAUAAAUAAAGUUCAGGAGUGACACUGAAUUCUGGACUCUUGGAAGAUCCUUGACUAUGCGAUUGAUCCUGUUUUUUGGUGUCCUUUGGGGGCAUAUCUACUGUGGAGAAACAUCUGUGGGAGACCAAGUUCUUGAGAUCACACCAAGGAAUGAAGAACAAAUAAAAACUCUGGUGGAAUUGGAGGCUGAAGAACAUCUUCAGAUAUCUCUUGAUUUCUGGAAAUCACCCACCAUCCCAGGAGACACAAUCCAUGUCUGAGUUCCCUUUGUCAGCAUCCAGGCAGUCAGUUUCCUUAAAUCCGAGGGAAUUGCUUAUUCCAUUGUGAUUGAAGAUGUUCAAGUUCUCUUGGACAAGGAGAAUGAAGAAAUAUUACUCAGAGAACAGAAUGUUAACUUCAACUUUGAGGCUUAUUAUACCUUGGAAGAGAUUUCCUGAGAAAUGGAUAACCUCGUUGCUGAGCACCCUGGUCUAGUGAGCAAAAUGAACAUUGUCUAUUCUUUCAAAAACCGGCCCAUGAACGAGCUCAAGUUCAGCACGGGAGGAGACAAGCUGGCUAUCUGGCUAGAGGCUGGGAUCCAUGCCGGUGAGUAGGUUACACAAGCUACUGCACUGUGAACUGCAAAUAAGAUUGCCUCUGAUUAUGGAAAUGACCCAUCCAUCACUUUAUUGGAUAUGAUGGACAUCUUCCUGCUCUCUGAUGGCUAAGUGUUCUCUCAAACAAAGAAUCGUAUGUGGCAGAAGACCCAGUUCAAGGUAUCUGGAAGCCUCAGUGUUGGUGUUGAUCCUAACCGGAACUGGGAUGUGGGUUUUGGAGGACCUGGAGCCAGCAACAAUCCUUGCUCUGACUCAUACCAUAGACCCAGUGCCAACUCUGAAGUUGAAGUGAAAUCCAUAGUGGACUUUACCAAGAGUCCUGGAAAAGUCACGGCCUUCAUUACCUUCCACAGCUAUUCCCAGCUGCUGAUGUUCCCCUAUGGGUAUACAUGUGCCGAGUCACAUAAAUUUGAUGAGCUGUCAGAUGUGGCCCAAAAGGCUGCCCAGUCUCUGACAAGCCUGCACAGCACCAAGUACAAAAUGGGACCUGUCUGCUCAGUCAUCUACCAAGCCAGUGGAGGAAGCAUUGACUGGUCCUAUGACUCUGGAAUCAAAUAAUCAUUUGAAUUUGAACUGGGAGACACAGAUCGAUAUGAGUUCCUUCUGCUGGCCAAUCAGAUCUUACCCACAGUGAAAGAGACCUGGUUUGGCUUGAAGACAGUCAUGGAGCAUGUGUGAGACCACCCCUAUUAA